AUGCAUCUAGGACGCCUUUUCUCGACGAUCUUUGCCGUUCUCACGCUCGCCCAGGCCACGCCGAUCCAAGACAGAUCUUCGGCCUCUUCCACCUCCGAAAAAGAUGCGGCGAUGGAACGUAGAGAGGCUCAGAGCCAGCCGACCAAGUACUUUCACGAAGCGAGCUUCUCUGCACACUACGAUCCGCGCUUCGCCUCGAAACCGCUGAAUGAGACGGCUGAGCGCGACGCCCUCAAGGUUCUGGUUCAGACCUAUCUCGCGACUCUCCGCGACCUGGGUGUCCAAACAUGGCUGAUGCACAGCUCCCUCCUGGGAUGGUGGUGGAACAAGCAGAUCCUCCCCUGGGACCCAACCGCAAACGUCCAAGUCACAGAACACGGCAUCAACUUUCUGGCUGGCUACUACAACAUGACGACCUACUACUACAAGUACCCUUCCGUCCCGGAAGGCCGCUUCUUCCAGCUCGAGGUGAACCCCAACUACGUCCACCGGGGCCAGGAUGCCUUCGACGAGGGCAACGUCGUCGACGCCCGCUGGAUCGACAUGGACAACGGCCUCUUCAUCGACGUCACCGCGGUUCGUUACGUCGAGGACCACCCCGAGGGUGCCGGUGUUCUGGCCUCCAAGGAUGGCCACGAGUUCCGCGACACGUACUUGUACCCGUUAUUGGACACUACCUUCGAGGGUGUCACGGCCAAGAUCCCAUACAAGUACAAGAAGAUGCUCAUUGCCGAGUACGGCGAGAAGGCCUUGACGGAUAAGGAGUUUGAGAACCACAAGUUCAUCGACGACAAGAUGGAGUGGGUUCCCAACGAUGAGCUCUGA